UGUGACAGACAAUUUAUCGUGCAAUGCAUAUUAAAUAUAUAAAUAUCUACAAAAAUUAUUGUUAUUCAGUAUUUAACUUAUGUUUCUAACUUAUGCAUUUACAAUCACAAAGUAAACGCGCGAUAUAUAAAAUAUCAGUUCACAAGUUCUCAUUGGUAUAUGCUAUGAUUGCGCAAUGUAAAUGCACCAUUCUAUAUAACUGAAACAUGAUUUGUCGUUUACGAAUCUAUUUAUUGUUGUGUUUUAUGAUUAUAAUCCGUUAAAUUACAAGAAAUUUGAAUUUGUGUUUAUGUAUAUCUUUGCACUUUUAUUUACGAGUUCGAGUGGUUUGAUUACUAUUGUAUAUUAUUUGAAAUAAUAAUAAGCAAAGUAAAUGAAAGGCAACUUGUAGUAUAAAUUACAAUGUAGAAAAUAUAAAGAUUUUAGAAACGACAUUAUUCAAUUAGAAAUUAAAAAUGUUUGUCAAAUCUAAUUCAACAGGUAAAUCCAAAGAUAAACGGUUACAGUUAACAAGGAUGACAGAAUGCUCAACUUGUCCAAAAUUAUUACCAAACAGUACGUCUAAAAAAGAUUAUGGAAGACCUCAACCAAUUAAAAUUGCUCAAUUGCUUAAGCAAUCCGAAAGUAUAAAAAAUAUUCCACAAGACAGUGAUGAAUACAUUUCAGUACGUAAAAGGGCACAACCUGAAAGACUAGGUGCACUUUCAAAUAAAAAAAAUAUAAAAUUAAAUGAUAAACAAACUGGUACUGAAAUGACACCUUCUAACAGGUGUGCACGUAGAUUUCUUAAUUUUAGUAAAAUUUCUACCAAAAUUACAAAAAACGACAAUGAAAAUGAAAAUCAAUCAAAUAAAUUUGAACAGCUUCAUAACGAAGUUUUUAAACCAAAUAAGAAAAGAAGCUUAUUAAUACCACCGAACACCAUAAGAGAAAAACAUUUACAAGAGUGUACUCAGAAAAAUAUCGGACAAUCAAUGAUACAUAUGACAUUAAAAAAAGUGGAUGAAAUAAAUAUUGAUUCUAAGGAUGAAAAUAAAAUCACAGAUGAAUCCUUAAAUGUUAAUAUAAAUUCUGCAGUAUCAAUUGAGAGUAAGCAAAAAUGUAACGAUCAGAAAAUUGUUCCAUCUCCUGAUCAUUUGAAAUCAAAGUUUACUGGUCAUUCUGCACAACAUUUUGAAACAUUACACGUAACACCAAAAAUUUCAAGUUUCUCUAUGUGUAAAUCUUCUCAGCAGAUAAAUAAUGAGGAUCAGGUAUUUAUGCAAAAUAAUUCAAUACGUGAGAAGUUUACACCUUUGAAGUGUAACAUAGUUUCAAAAUCAAAAGAAACAGACGAUUGUGUUCAAAAUUUAUGUAAUAACUUACAAGAUACAGUGUUAAUAACUUCUGAAAAUAUGGAACAUAAAUCACCUGAAAUGAUUAAUAUAAGUAAAGAUAAAAUUAUUCGUUUCAAACACGAUUUAAAAGAUUUAUUAACAGAAACAGAAGAAAAUGUAAUUAAAAUGAGAUCAAUGUUAACACAUAUCGUAGGAUUAUUUGAUAAAGAAAUUACUUCCAAUAUUCAGUUAAGGAAAGGAAAUAAUACUAUGGUAGACAAAGAAGUUCAAGUAGAAACUUGUUGUAAAUCAGCACAAUAUUCAGAAAAAAAAGUGCCACAAGUUAUAGUAACUGAUAAUGUUGACAACAAAGAAAAUGAUGGAGUUCAGAGUAUAAAAAAAGUGUUUGAUAAUACAGCAGAUGAAAGUUUCUUAGAAUUAGAAAAUCAACUUAACAUUACACAUGCAAAACCUAUGCAAAAUGACUCCCAGUUAAAAACUCCUAAAAUGAAGAAAAAAGGGAAACAAAAACGACCACUUAGGGAAUACAUGGCUUUAAAAUCAAAUAUGAAUUUUUUAGAAACUCCAGAUGGUAAAAAGUUCAGAUCUCUAUGCCAGAUAGAUGAUGUGGACAAAUCUGUCCUUAAUGUAACAUAUAUAUCAAAUAAACUGCUCACAGAUCUUCAAAAUUUAUACUCUGAAUCACCAGAUUCUUGAUCAUGAGUUUCUUUUUAUAAUUGUAUUGAAUUGAAAUUAAUUGUAUUCUGAUAUAAUAUUGUAAUACAAUUAUUAUCUAUUA